AUUUUAUAUAUACUCCCUCCGUACCAAAAUAUAAGACGUUUGUGCAGUUUGAUUUGUACUGCAAAUACGUCGUAUAUUUUGGAGGUAGUACAUGUUUAAUUCUUUUUCAAAUAUAUGAUUAUUAUGAUUCAUUUGUGUAUACACGUUUAACAUUUUUCUAAUGCGCGAUUGCUUUUUCAGGUUUUGUAUAUAAAGUGAUGAUAGAUAUAUUCAACCGAAACACAAGCAAAGCUAAAAUGAUAAAAACAAACGCCGAAUGCAAAAAUGUGAACAAAAAAAAACAUUGAAGGCUUGUCCAUCGAUCAAAUCCCCUCCUCGCCAGGAUAAUCUAUCUACACACAUGGAAGCUAGUGUUGUCCUAUUCUAACUGGGAUCCGAAGGCGACGCACACAAUACUCAUACAAUACACCCGGUCCAUACAUCACACCUGGUCUUUGGUCUCUUGUGUCGCCGAAAUUCUCGCGUCUUUUAGCGCCGCGUUAGGUGGUGGCGCCCGACGGCGACAGUCGGGGCUCCUUUUUCUUUUUGUCCGUUGGGCAGACCACCUCCCGCGCCCAGCUCUCGGGGCCUCCAAAUGGCGACCCGCCCUGCAUUGCGGCCUGAGCACGUAAGCAAAACAACUCCAAGAAUGUGCCGCGCCAUAGACAAUUCCCCUGCGACAAAGCUUUUAUAGGCGCCCUAGAGAGCGAGUCCAGUCCAAGGCCGCCAUUAUUUCUGGAUCCUCCCCUGAAUCCCAGGUCCCAGGUCGGUCGUCUCUCCCUCCAAAGCGACGAGCUAGCUGCGGCGCCGACUGGACAAGAAUACUAUGAGAGACUGAGAGGUAUAUAGUCCGACGGCCAUAUCCCGGUGAGGCAGAGACGUAGAGAGAGGGAGCGGUGGUAGGAGAUAGUCGGAGGGAUGGCUGCGGGGACGCUGCAGAUCAGGCCGAAGGCGAAGAGCCUGUGGCUGCUGGUGCGCCGGCUGCUCUGCCGCGGCAACAAGCUGCACAGACCGCCCGCGGGCGCCGGGGACCAGCAGGGAGACGGCUGCGGGGAGAAGAGGAGCCUCCUCGGCCGGAGCGGCUCGCUGGAGGAGCUCCUGGGGCCAGACGUCGCCGGCGCCGUCCGCCGCAGCGCCAGGAAGGACGUCCAGGUCGUCCAGCACGCGCUGCUGCCGCCUGAGCGGCAACGGCAGGAUCAUGCGGACGCGGCGGAGGCUCGCCCGGCGGACGAGCCGCUGGCCGCCAGCGCCGCGGCCGUGCAGCAGUACCGGAGGUUCAUGUUCGGCGGGUUCCGGCGGCGGCUGAUGAUGCGGAGACAGUGGCGGCCCAUGCUCGUCGCCAUCCCGGAGUGACCCGCCGUACGUCCAUCGUUCGUAUCGACGUCGCGUCCCGUCCGGUGGUGGAAUCCGGCUGCCAUGUUCGUGCGGAUAUGUGGGUGUAGCUUUUCGUGCUGUCGAGUUGUUCCGGCCCUGCCUUUGUUCGUUUCUUGCUGCGAUCGCGUAGAGGUUGAUGCUGCUGCUGUGGUGGUCCAUGUGUUAGCGAUGUUGGCACAUAACUUUCGACAUUGUUAUUCUUGGAAGCAUCUUGAACAAAUCUCUGCUCAGCAGCCAUGGAAUAA